GUUGUCGGCAGCGCUCGCUCCUCUCGCCGCCUCCUCCCGCGGCGGCGGCGGCGCGCGUGGACACACACACACCCGCACACACAUACACACACCCCCGCCCCGCACACACCCGCACCCACGGACGCACACCCGCACCCACAUACAUGCACACGCGCGCCCGCCGCCGCACGCUCUCGCGCACACGCCCCGGGGGGAAGGAAGGAGCUGCAGCCGGACGCCCCGCAGCCCCCGCCGCCGUCAGGAGCCCCCACCGCCGACGGCUUUUGUCUGCCGCCCCCGCCGGGAGCCGACCCUCCGCUCUGCCGGCGCCCGCCCGGCAGCAUGGACGCGGCGCUGUGAGGGGGACCCGCCGGGGGCGGAUUUUGAAGUUUGAAUAAGGAUUUUUAUCGCUUCCCUUUCCCCCCCUUCCCCCUUCUCCCUCCUCCGGUGCGCUUCAGUCCCUUCCCCCAUCUUCCCUGACAGGCUUUGGGUUUGUUUUUUUUUUUGGUCAACUUUUAUUUUAUUAUUUUUUUUAAAUCCGCCUCGUGGGGUUGGAUCUUUAAUUUUUUUGAUAUUUUUGAUUUCCUUUGGUUGUACCCGCCUGUACCGCCCGUAGAGCGGUCUCCUCGGGCGGCCGCCGCCGAGCGCCAGCGCGGACCCGCGGGGCUGCCAUGGAUCGCACCGGCGGCUCCGGCGGGGGCAGCGACCGCAGGCAGACCGAGGAGAGCAAACCGCUGCUGGGCGAGAUGUCCGCUCCCGAGGGGAAUAAAAUGGGUGCCGCGCCGUGCCGGAGAGCCCUGCUCCACUGCAACGGCAUGAGGUACAAGCUGCUGCAGGAGGGGGACAUCCAGGUGUGUGUCAUCCGGCACCCCCGGACGUUUCUCAGCAAGAUCCUCACCUCCAAGUUCCUGCGGCGGUGGGAGCCGCACCACUUGACCCUCGCGGACAACAGCGUCGCCUCGGCCACGCCAACUGGGUACAUGGAAAACUCCAUUUCCUACAGUGCUAUUGAAGAUGUUCAACUGCUGUCCUGGGAGAAUGCCCCUAAGUACUGUUUACAGCUCACAAUCCCAGGGGGUACUGUUUUACUGCAGGCUGCAAACAGUUACCUGAGGGAUCAGUGGUUCCAUUCUUUGCAGUGGAAGAAGAAGAUUUACAAGUACAAGAAGGUGCUCAGUAACCCCAGCCGCUGGGAGGUGGUGCUGAAGGAGAUCAGGACGCUGGUGGACAUGGCGCUGACAUCUCCGCUUCAGGAUGACUCUAUUCACCAAGCACCACUGGAGAUUGUCUCAAAGCUGCUCUCAGAGAACAACAACUUAACCACUCAAGACCACGAGAGCAUUAUUGUGGCAAUUGCCCCUUUGCUGGAAAACAACCAUCCUCCUCCUGACCUCUGUGAAUUCUUCUGCAAGCACUGCCGAGAGCGCCCGCGGUCCAUGGUUGUGAUAGAAGUGUUCACACCAGUGGUACAGAGGAUUCUCAAACACAACAUGGCAUGUUUCACCAUCUUCACUGAGUCUCUCCUUUUUGGACAGGAUUUUGGGAAGUGCCCUCGGUUGCGGCUGUUUACUCAGGAGUAUAUUCUGGCUUUGAAUGAGCUGAAUGCUGGAAUGGAGGUGGUGAAGAAGUUUAUUCAUAGCAUGCAUGGUCCAACUGGACAAUGCCCCCAUCCCAGGGUCCUGCCAAAUCUUGUAGCUGUCUGCUUAGCAGCCAUUUAUUCGUGUUACGAGGAAUUUAUCAACAGUCGGGACAAUUCGCCGAGCCUGAAGGAGAUUCGGAACGGCUGCCAGCAGCAGUGUGACCGAAAGCCCAACCUCCCCCUCCGCCUUCUCCACACGAGUCCUGACCUGGUCUCUCAAGAGGCCACCUUGACUGAAUCCCGUCUUAAGCCUGUUAUUGUCACUUCAAAUGAGAUCCACGUGGAAGUGGAGCGCAACAACACGGCUAAUCAGAAGAUGACAGCCAACGUUGGCAAUGACAGCGAGCCCAACCUGAUUGACUGCUUGAUGGUCAGUCCUACCUGCAGCACCAUGAGCAUCGAGCUGAGUGCCCAGGCAGACAGGAUCCUUGGCUGUUAUGUUGAAAUAUUGAAGAUGCUGUCAGACUAUGAUGACUGGAGACCAGCCCUGGCCAGCUUACUUCAACCUAUACCAUUUCCCAAGGAGGCUCUUGCACAUGAAAAAUUCACAAAGGAGCUGAAAUAUGUGAUUCAGAGAUUUGCAGAAGACCCGAGGCAAGAAGUCCACUCAUGUUUGCUGAGUGUGCGGGCUGGCAAAGAUGGCUGGUUCCAGCUCUACAGCCCCGGGGGAGUGGCAUGUGAUGAUGAUGGAGAGCUGUUUGCCAGCAUGGUUCAUAUUUUAAUGGGAUCCUGCUAUAAAACAAAGAAGUUCCUGCUUUCACUGGCUGAAAAUAAAUUGGGCCCUUGCAUGCUCCUGGCUUUGAGGGGUAACCAGACGAUGGUAGAGAUUUUGUGUUUGAUGCUGGAAUACAACAUCAUCGAUAACAACGACACCCAGCUCCAGAUCAUCUCUACCCUGGAAAGCACAGACGUGGGAAAGAGAAUGUAUGAACAGCUGUGUGACAGGCAGAGGGAGUUAAAAGAGCUGCAAAGAAAAGGUGGUCCCACAAGGUUAACACUGCCAUCCAAGUCCACAGAUGCAGACCUGGCCCGCCUGCUAAGCUCAGGAUCCUUUGGAAAUUUGGAAAACCUCAGCCUGGCCUUUACCAACGUGACAAGUGCUUGUGCUGAGCACCUCAUUAAACUGCCUUCACUCAAGCAGCUGAACUUGUGGUCGACCCAGUUUGGAGACGCUGGGCUGCGGCUUCUGUCCGAACACCUCACCAUGCUGCAAGUGCUCAACCUCUGCGAGACCCCCGUCACGGACGCCGGGCUGCUGGCACUUAGCUCCAUGAAGAGCCUGUGUAGUUUAAAUAUGAACAGCACCAAACUUUCAGCAGAUACCUACGAAGAUCUCAAGGCCAAACUACCCAAUCUGAAAGAAGUGGACGUCCGCUACACCGAAGCGUGGUGAGCCCUCCCUGCCUCCGACUCUUCUCUUUUGCUUCUCACGAGAAGGAAAAGAUUUUUAAAACCAACAGAGAAAAGAAAACAAACAGAGAAAAUAACUUUUGGCUAAUACCUGUAGAGCAGUGAGUCCUGGGCCUUGGUGGUAGGAGUGAGCUUGCGGGGUAGAGGAGUGGCGUUGUGUGUGUUGGGGGGGGCACGGGGCAAGCCUGGACCCAGCCGGAUCCUUUCAGCUUUGUGAUUUCAGAAUCAACGUAAUUUAAAUUGAAAAGGAAACAAACAAGCAAACAAACAAAUGAGAAGGACUUUGUAGCAGCAAAGAGGAUUAUAAAGAGGAAAAAAAAAACACCAAACAAACCAAGACCUUUGUGGAUUUUCUUUGCCUUUGUGUUUUAUGCCGUGUGGAGAGAAAAAAAAACAGUAAUUCACUUGUCAUUCUUUACCUGGGUUUCCGUGGCUGGCAGCCGUCCAGUCAGAACUCCUCUCUCACCACUUCUGCUCCAGAAAAUCAAACUUGCAAAAAUCUCAAGAGAAGAAAACCAAAACCAAUAUGAUUUUCAUCCCCCCUCCCCCCAUGUCCUUGCAGUCGUUAUGCAAAGUAAUUUUGUUGUACAUAAGAUUUACAUAAUGCACCUAUUUAAGAAAAUGGUUCACAAAUAACAGGUCUGGGACCUGUCUUUUAUUUAUGAAUUGUUAAUUCUUUUACCCUGUUUUGUUUUGGCGUAUAACACUGUAUAAACUAGUUUGCUGUCUUGUUGUUAUUAUUGGUUUUUUUAAAGGAAACAUCCUCCUUGAUGAAUUGCCUUUAGUAAUGCAUAUUCUGUAUUAUACUCCCUCUCUGUCACCACACUCAGCGUUGUCUUCUUGAUUUCAGAAUGGCCUCAAACGUUAGCAAAUAGGAAGGGAAAUAUCUGUCGA